AUGGAUGCGGAGGUUGCUAAGAAAUUAGCAGUCCCUUGGGAUCCUGAUAUAACCAUUCAAAUGCAAAGUGCGAAUAGAACUGUGGAAAAGACCCUUGGUCUCGCCAAAAAUGUUCCAUUUAACUUCGGAGGAAUUACGAUUUACCUGCAAGUGCAUGUAAUACGGGACCCAGCCUAUAAAGUACUAUUGGGCAGGCCCUUUGACGUGUUAACAGGGAGCGUGGUCGUAAACUCUACGGACGGAGGACAGACGGUAACCAUAACAGAUCCAAACUCUGGCAGAAGAGCAAUGUUACCCACUUUUGACAGAGGAAAACCACCAGUAAUGAUGAAAAUGCACACUGAAGAGGAUCUUCAACCGAAAACUGAGAAAGUUUUUCAACCCUCGAUGAUUUGA